AUGGCAACAAUAGAAGCUUCAUCAUCUUCAACAUCCGAACAACAACAAAAAUUUGAUCUCCAAUCAGAUAUAAUUCUCUUCGAUUGCAUGUCCUCAGUCGUUCCAAUCUCCCACUACAAAGCCUUCUCCAUGUUGAAUAUGCAUGUCGUUUUGAAACAAGAGGCUAAUGUUACUCUUCCAAUUGAUGAUAUCGAAAGACGUGUUGGUACAUUCUAUGAUUUGAAGGUUUUGGGAGAGGCUAAGGAUGUUCCUCCCAUCAUACAAAGUAGAAAGAUUGAAUACUUUAAAUUACCAGCAGAUAUUAUUGGACAGUUUGAAGCAAAGGAGGAAGGAACAAGUGGAAAGGCUGAAAAACAAAAGAAGAAGAAGAAAAAGUAG